CGAUUGAUAUCACGACCAAGACCUCCCCAAGCUCUUCAAGUGCUGAAUUUCAUUUUUUGGCAGCAGCACUUUACGCACAACUCGUAUUUAAUAUCUCAAUACCAAAAAUCAUAUCCCGAAAACAUUUAUUAGCAUGCCGUGUAUUUUCGCAAGGUCGUUCUUUUGAAUCCAUGAUCAUCGCUGGACAUUUCGGUUUCCGAGACAUUCGUCUUGACAGUAACAUUUAAGGUGCCACAGUCAGGCGCUCGAGGCCUAUGAGUCUAUCGUAUUCGAAUGUCCGCACGAGGAGCAAGGAGCCGAAAGGCUGUAGCGAAGGACAUAGAGAAGAAGGAGAAGAAGGCUGAAAAACAUAACAAUCUAGACACAAACCAUAGGCAGUAUGAUGCUUUUGCCGACUGGAAGACCUCACCUAGUCCCACCCCGUAUGGGGCACAGGUCCGCGCUCCACCGAGGCCGACGACCAUUUCCACCAGCACCAGCGGUGGUACUUCGCGAAGCAGCUCCAACAACCCGAACCAGAGCAGGCCGCGCGUGAACAAUCCCAGUUCUCAUGAUUCGUCUGACAUUUCCGGUCGCCUUCGAAGGCAGGCUUCUGUAAGCGGAUCUGCAUCAGUAGUGUCUGAUGGUUCGAGUCAAGGGAAGGAGAAGACGAAAUAUAAAAGCCAUGGCAAGGAAACCAAAGCACCCCGAGGAAGAGGCGGAGGUGUACCAGUGAGGAAGCCGACUACACCAGCCUAUCCAUCGACCCCGGUCUUUCGCAUCGAUACCAGCGCAUCGUCGCAUGCUCCGCCAGGUAAAAAGACUUGGAUCAAUUUUCGCACCUGGGGCGGUGGUGGUUCGGGGCCUCAGUUCUAUGGCGGGUUUGAAUGCGAUGAACAUAUGCAGAAUGGGAGUGUCUUGAUAUACUUCAAAGAGGAGCAGAUGUCCGAUGAGCAUCCAAUACCUCAGAUCCGAGCAGACCUGGACAUUCUUGAAAAUGCCGGUUCGACUUGGUUAAGCAAUGCCCUCAUGUAUGGCCGCAUCGAUGAUCUCGAAGACCAUUGGGCCAUGACCGAUCAUCCUCAGUCGCCUGAGCACAAUCGCUCGUUAUCUUCCUACGGUUUUCCACAACCGCCCGGUCAACAUGAUAUGUUGACUCCAACUGUACCAAACGCCACAUCUCCACCCCCAUUCCACAUUGACCAAGAAUACUUUGGUGUGCCCCGUAAUAGAAGCGGCUCUGCAGCCCAGCAUUACGGUGAUGCAGAGAGGCCGACCGGCUACCGUUCACCGUCGCCAGCGCCAGUGGGCAGACAGCAACAGCCUACACACGAGAUUUGGUUCACUGCCCCUGAACGCAUACGGACUCCCCAGGGCCAAAGGCUGCAUCACGUUGCGAUCCGAAACUUCAUCGCCAUACUGCAUGAUAAACCAAUCGUCGGUGCCGAUCUUGUCGAAAUGCUCUCCACCCUCCAGCCGGAGAUACAAGUCAUGUACGAUCUCGACCACGACUAUCAUUCCGAGGGGACGCCCCAAGAGCGGAGCAUACAGAUGAUUACAGAUUACCUACGGCAACACAAAUUAGACGAUGUACGCAGCGGCAUCAAGACAGUGCUGGGACUGCUUGCUUGGGCCGAGCAGGAUCACAUUAGAUGGAGGCGAGGCUAUCUGGAAAGUUUUGUACAUCUCGCCGGCAUUCUUUCACCCCAGAUAGAAGAUCUUCCAGACUUUAGACGGUUAUCCAUCGCUACCAGAAAGAAUCUGGGAUUUGCCGCCAAGACUCUUGAAUUGCGCAUCUUGGAUGUGGAGGACAAAUUGUCCAGUUUCGAUUUCAAUGAUCUUUGGACGGACUCGCCAACAGGCGCAUACGGCCCCGUAUAUGAGAGUUUUGCAGCAUUCCGUCAGUUUCUCCUUCAAUAUUACGGCAAGGUCUACGGAGAAUGGCCUCCAAGGCAUGGCAAAGCAAGCUGGCUCAAUCGCAAGAUCGUACGUGAGCUUCAGGAGGACUUCGGUGCCCUCUACGAUUACCUGGUCAAUCGCGACGUAGUCUGGGACUCUCGUGAAGAGCGUCCAGGCAAGAAAUGGGAGAUGGUCGACAAGAAGAGUGAUGAUUUCAAAGCCGAUGAACCUGGACUUAGUCUCACAGACAUGUUUGUCACUUUUGACUCGAAGCAUGGUUUCUUGCACAUACCCCACCCAUACCCUCUUCUACCGAGGGACGUACCUACUAUGAAGGCACCGCCGCAACAGAAGAAAAGUCUCUUUGGGAGCAAGAAGAAGAACAAGACGGAAACGACCAAAGAUGCGAAAACGCACCUGCAACUUUCCAUCAUCUUCAGCGAUGCUACCAACAUUAACAAGAAAGACAUAAGGUUCGAGGGGUGUACGCUCCUCGACCAUUUCGAGCGCUUCGAGCUCGCUGCAGAUCUUCAAAAUACGACCCCCCGUGAAGCUCGGCUCGGUCGCUGGAUCCUCCUCUACGCGACACUGCAAGUGUUGUCUACCAUCUCAGUUGACGUCGAAGGUCUAAGGUUCACCAACGGCGUCCCUUAUUUCCUCUGUUCCGACCUCCGACGCUGUCCGGAGUGGGUGACGGACGGCCAACCCGAAUUCCACGAAGGGUCACAACUCCGCUCAUACUGCUGGCAGCGUCCGUGGGGUCAUCCAUCAUCCAAUUCCACAACGCGGCCCGCAGAACUUGAAGGAUCUCACCUUCCGGAUGUCAGAGAGAUGGAAGGGACACCGAGCCCUCUAGAUGGCGCCACGAUGCUCGACCGCGACAUCCAGCGGAUCAGCGAGAAGAUCGAAUACAUGGGGAGACAAGCACGAGAACCGCACAAACACAUGUACGACAAGAAGCAUGGAUACGAGAAUGACAAGAUGAAGAGGGAGGAAUUCGGGGUGAGCAAGGGCAUCGACGGAUCAUAUCGUCUGGCGGAGAGUGACUUUGCCACUCGUCGACCGUCAGUCCCAAUGAGAAGUCCGAGGAGGAGUGCAACCAACCCAAGGGAUGCGCUAGGCAGAACGAUGGGGCUGGAGAGUUCUUACGGCGACGAUAGUAAGACAUGGAUCUAGGGAGUUGGGGGCCGAUGAAAAGUUAUGGGUUUCAUCUUCAUGGCGGCCUU